UUUCUACAGGGCACUAAAUAUCUAAGACACCGUUAGCAAUGGCCGCCCACAAGAGAACAACAUUUCGUCUCGGCUGUAAAUCGUCGGCUAUAUUACGAAAAAUGGCGUAAAAAGACAACACGGAGAUGCAGUGAGACUAAUGUUCUGCACACAACGAUCAUGUCAUCAUGAAUAAGCAAUACACAUUCUUUAAUGCAGAAGUCGAGGCGGAAGGAAAUAUAAAAUUUGUCAACAUUGGUUGUGUAGAUCCACAGAAAAUAGAGAAGGGCCCCACUGUCCAACAGUCGGGCACAAUGCAGCCCAACUUUGUACCAGUCAUUAUGCCCAACCAGACAUUCACCAGAGUCCCCUCAGGGACUGAAUCUGUGGGCCCGGGGCCGUUGAGGUUCCUCACAGGGUCAACAGGGUCCUCUGUAUCGUCUAUGAUCAUGUCCCAACUGGCCAGCCUGCCAGUGCUACAGAACACUGGGUCUACCAUGCAGGUCAUUCCCAGUUCUAAGUUUAUGGCAGGCAACAGCACUGCCUCUGUCGUUGGUCAAACGCUGCCUGUUAUGCAGUGUGUAAGUGGAUCUUUUCAAGCAUCAAAUACUCUUCAGGUGAUACAGAACCAGGCUAACAUCCAGAUGGUGCAAAAUCAGCCGUCUGCCAGUGCCUCGAUUUUGCGGAAUUCUCAUACAAGUAACAUUCAAAUCUUGCAGAAUCCGUCUCAGAAUGCAAUACAGGUAAUGACAGCUCCAUCACAGGUUGUGCAGAAUGAGCCUCCAAGCAAUCCCCAAAUCACUCAUCAGCCAAGCUUGCAGAAUCAGUCACAGAAUGCAAUACAAGUGAUGUCUGCUCCGUCUCAGGUUGUGCAGCCUCAGAGCAAUCCCCCAAUCAUCCAACAGCCACAUUUGCAAAUCAUCCAAACUCCCUCCGGGGAACUGCAGCUUGUCCCAGUGGAACAGACCAUGCCUGCCAACUCCUUCUCCAAUGCUGUCAGCAUUCUGAAACCUCAGCGUGUUGUUGGUAACAAAAAGGUUAUAACAGAAGCCAAGUCUCUGAUCAAGAAGGAAAUUGGUUCAGAUGACCAAUCAGUUGCAAGUGAGAAGAGCCCAUCUGCUGCUAACCCAAUACUAAACAAUUUGUUAAAGAAAGUCAGGAGUAGAAUGGACAACAAUCGGCAAAAAAAGGCAUCUGUGGCUAAGGAAGAGUCUAGCAAGGCCCAAGCUAAGCAACUUCCAAAUAUUCUUCCCAAAGUUAAGCUGCUUACCCCCGAAGAACUCUUAAAACAACACCAGGAGGUACAUAUAAACCAGCCAGUACAGAAUGAAACUGAGACAAAGACAUCAGAUGAUAAAGAUGCAGAUAAAGAUGAUGAUAAACCUGUUGUUAUCAUCAAGGACCAACACAAGGAGAAUAUGGAAGACAAGAUCACGUUUGCUGGCACCUCGGUGAAGCCUAAAUUUGCCAUAGAAUUCUCUCCAAAUAAUCUGCAAGCCUAUGUUCAAGCCGUUGCAAAUGCUGUGGAGACUCAUAAGACCAUGUCCGAGCAGAGUAAGUUAGAACUCAAGAUCAAACGUAAGAAGGUCAGGAGCAAAUGUGUAGAAGAAGAGUGUUUUCUGAUGGCUGAAGUUCCCAAAGAAAGUGCUUCAGUGCCGAAAGCUUCACGGCGGAAACAGACAUUAGCUGUGAGGAAAGACCCAUUUGAUGGAUGCGAAAUGGUAGUUGAACCUUAUAAAAGACAACCCAGAAAACGAAAGAAAGCAGCUGCUAGCGCAGAGUCCGCUGUGCCCCCUGCAAAGAUGACAAACUCUCAGACUGAUGUAACACUGCAUGAUACUGAAAACAGUGUUGAAGUUGUUCCUACCCCUGAUCCUGAAACAAAUCAGAAGCAGAAGUCUCCACCUCGAGAGAUUGGUAUCUUCAUUCCACCUACCAUGUCCAACUCUUUUUCUUCAUCAAGCAAAAAAUUUAAGCCUCAAUAUCAGGUUAAAGACAAAGAAAGUAUCAGUUCUUCUUCAUCCAGUCUAUCUACAACAUCCACAGUCUCAGUACCAACAAGUUCUUUGCAGAAUUCUGACGAAUCUGUCCUUCCAGUUCCAGUCAAUGAAAUCAAGAUAGAACCUCAGGAGAAAACGGUAUCUCCUUCAAAUACCAUACCCUGCAAACUGAAAAAUGUUUCAUCAAAUGACAAGAUUACAAAGGACAGGCCCGUGAAACAGUCGAAAUGUGAAACAUUGUCCCAUAUCUCCUCCAACACCGAAGCUUCCAGAAACCCAUGUCCUUUACCCAUGGCAUCAAUUAAGGUGGAAACUUUGAGUUCUGGGUAUGAUUCCUCACCAUGUAGAAAAAUUAUCAAAAAAAAUUUAAAUUUUGGUUCUACUGAGGUGGCCAGAUUGACAGCAAUAUCAAAGAUGCCAUCUCCUCUUCCGAAACCUAUGUCACCAAGUAAAACGGUGGCAGCCCCACGUCCAUGCAUAGAACCCCCAAAAGAAAAUGUUCCUCAUUCAGCUCCAGAACCUACUUCAGUAGAGCAACUUUUAGAGCAGCAAAGCACAGUCUAUCAAUAUUCAGUGCUCCCAACUUCACGUCAUACAAAAUCAGUGCAACAAAGUCAACAGCACCUAAGUGCACUAAACCAAGCUCUGAUGCAGCGUGUCACUGAAUUUAAAAAAGUAUUCAAUUCUGUUGUAAGGGUCAACACGAACCUUCCUGAAGGUCAUGUCUUGGAAGAAAGUCAACAGUUUCCUUUGCCUUCUUCCAAACAACCUUCAGUAAUGCAAAGUUCAGUAGAGCAAAGUUCAGUUGAGCAAAGUGCAGUGCACCUAAGUCAAGAUCAUCUAACUGCAGUGCACCAGACCAUGGUGGAAGGUGUCACUGCUUUCCAAAAGGUUUUCAGUUCAGUCACAAGUACGAACACGAAGCCUCCUGAAGGUACUGCCUCGGAAGGACCUAAAGUCUCUAUAGCCGAGACGCCAAUACUAGCCACAAAUACAAUAAUAUCCCAAGAAAAUUCUCUGCAGACCACCCUCGGGAACCAAAGUAUUCAAACCGGCUUCCUUACACCAGCAGUUCAAGAGGAUCCGUCGGGGACCCCCAAACCAAAUGGGCUCCUUCUGCCAGCAACUGUAAAUGUUGUACAACCAACAAUUGGUCCAACUAAAUUGCCAACUGUUAAUUCAAGUGUGACAGUACCAGUUACUCCUUUAUAUUCGUCCAAUUUUAUGCAGGUUCCUUCUAUUUCACGACCUUCUUUGAACAUCGUUAACCAUGCCAACCAGCAAAAGAAAGUGUAUGUUGUCCCCUCAUCUCUGUACACUGCCCUGGUGGCGCAAGCAAACUCAGGAAAACCUGUGCGACUGACGUCUGCUCAACUCAUGGCUUCUCUGGAACAGACUGCUUCUGGAACAAUGGCAAUACCAAAGACCUUAAUUGAUGCCAGUGAUGUUAAGUUGGUCAAAAAGCAAGACGAAUAUAAGAGUCCUUUAAUUCCAGUACCGGUAACAGAUCUAUUACGUACUGACAACAACCCUGAUGUAUGUGAAGACACGGACAUAGGGUUGAUGGAACUUAAAAUAGAGUCUGUGUUUUCGCUUAAUAAGGUUUGUUGUAAGCUGAUGGACAAGGUUCCUAGCUAUUUAGAUAUGUGUCUCAAUUCCAAGUUAGAACACUCCCUGAAAUUGUGUUUUGUUGUGCUAGACGACAGCCUGCCUCCAUUGUUUCGGGGCAUAGCUGGCACCAAGAGGACUCGCUUCAAGAUGCCCAAGGCCUGUACUGAAUCAUGCAGAACCCAGGCAUUAGACUCAAUGUGUGUGAAAAAUAAGUGGCGUAAUAUUCGAUUUGGAGAAGGUAAUUCUCAGACUUUUUCUGAACCAGUAACAAAAUGUGCAAAACGAGAAUAGAAAAGAACAGAAAGUAUGAGGUGCCUUAUCUGACUACCCAGUGUUCAAGCUCUUUUCGUUAAGCUCUAUUUUUGUGUUAGUUUUUGUUAGUUUAUUGCUCAUGUUAUUUUAUCAUGAAGUUAUUUACAUGAAAGGGUUUGAAAGUUAACUUGUUUUCAAUAAUCGCCAUAAUCUCUAAACAAAUGUCUGUCUGUGUUAAAGUAAAGGGGUUCUGGCAGUUGUAGUGAUGAGACUGUGAGCAAUAUGUGCAAUUUCUUCAGCCAUUUUCAUCCUUGUGAUGAUGCUGGUGAAUAUAAUAAUUAAUAACUAUGGUAUAAGAUUUUACAAAUAUCCAGUCUGCUGGCCAAACGACAGGAAACAUCACUCAUGUUACAGUGCUCAACACUAACACUGGUCUGCUGGUCAAGUCUAGUAUAUUUUCUUAAGGACCAGAAAAGUUAAAUAAAUACUGGUCCGCUGGUCCAGUGUUAUUUUGUAUAUAUUUAAGUUUAUACGACUUUUGAAAUCAGCGAUAGAUGGAGUCUAAACUCUAAGCACCAUUGUGUCUAGUAGAGAUCCAACAGGACCAAUAGAUUUUUUCUUUGGUGCCAGUCCUUUAGACCACUGACAAAUUUUGGUCAGCGUCAAGCACGGAAUGUGAAUCAGGACAAGUAUUAUAAAUUCUAUCUCCAUUUGAAAAUACUCAAUUCUUAUUGGCCAAAUUACAGUAAGAAAGUACUUCUUUCUCAAUUAUGGUCAGAAUCUAAUAUUGUUAGGAAACAACUUCUUUCUCAAUCAUGGUCAGAAACAAAUAUUUAUAGGAAACAACUUUUUCCGACAAAAUAUUCCAUGGAUGUGCAACAAUUAUUUUUUUGAAGAAAACAAUGGAAAUCAACAAAGAGAGUGUUAGGGCUGGGAGGGGUAGCUCAGUACUCAGGUCAGGUAGGUCCUGAGUAGGAGCUGGGUACACACAGGACUACCCAGAGCUGUAGUCACGUGAUAUAAUAUUUAAUGACAAUAACAAUCAAACUCCAUGGUUACACUACAAAUCGCUAAAUUUCUUUCUGACUAUGCACACAUUCCUUCUGACUUUUACAUGUUUCUGUAAUAUUCAGUGUCUGCAUGAUCAGAUUGUUUUAUGCAUGUAUCGAAGUAGUUUUUGACAGGGCUCCGGUAAAACAAUUUUCAAUCAGACAUUUUAUAUCCAACUUGAGACCUACAGUGGGUACCCAGGUAGGGUCGGGUAGCGGGGGUUGGGUACCCAGGUAAUACAUUUUAACUCCCAGCCCUAGAGUGUAUAACUUGAACCUUUCCAGAUAAGCUUCAGCUUUCUCAGAUUCGACCACUUUAGGUUUGCAUGCUAAGUAGCCGUGCUACACACUUUCAGCGUUCCAGUAUUUAUGGGUAAAGCCACGGAUGACCAAACCAAUAUUUGAGUAUAUUCAUCAGUGACGUGUUAUUUUUUUAGCAAUUAUCAGUAAUAUUUUUUCAAAUCUACAACCUAUUGAACUCAAACUUAGCUUGUGCUACCUCACCUGAAAAUUUUGUAAAAUUAUAUUUGCUGAAAGCUGCUUAUAUAUUAGAUGAGAGAGAACUAAUGUCAGACACUUAAUAUCUGAAGAGAACCCAUCUACCAAGCAAGUGGAGAAGUCAGAUUUGUAAUGGUUUUCCUAUUAUUAUUAUUAUUAUUAUUAUUAUUAUUAUUAAUAAAUAUUAUAUUUUUUAAAUAUUUUUUUUAUGCUGAGUACUAAAGAAAAUGUGAGUUUUGUUUAGUCAAGAUUUAAAAAGUUGUUUUUUUGUUCAGCAAUUCUGUUAGACAAAGAGAAUUAUUAGAAUAUAAAUGAGUAAAAUUACUCAGAUAAUCUUGUUCCUGUCUGUGAAUGUUUCUUAAGAAGAUGCAAUAUGAGGCUAAUAUGUGACAAUGCAAUGUGUGCAUCCAAGUCUUUUCUUUAUGAUUCAAUAAAGAUAAUGAUACA